UGGAAAAGUGAAAGAAACCCUUAGGCGACGCAUUGUGUUCACAUUAAGCUUCUUCAUUCAGUCAGCGCCCUGGGCUAAACAUGGCCAAAUCUAUUAAGGAUCAUCUUCAGGACGCUUUUAGUGAUAUUGGGGCGGAUAAUAUAAGAAGGUUUCAAAGCAGACUGGGCGAUCGGAAGCAGGAACCGCGCGUCCGAAAAUCUACAAUCGAAAAGCUGAAAGACGAGAUAGAUCUGGCUGAUUUAAUGGUCAACACUUUCACAUCUAGAGACGCAGUUUCUGUAACAGUGGACAUUUUGAGGGCGAUCAAGUGUAAUGCAGUAGCAGAGGAGCUCUUGGAGAACACAAGGCAAGGAGGAGUUUCCCAGCCGGAGCCACCUGUACCAGAACCAAUUCCGAAGCAUCCAGCUCAGUUGAAUGAACUGAAGGUUACUCCAUGCAGCCAGCAAUUUAAAAACAAAAUUCUUAGAGAAAAAGGACAGGAGAUUUAUGAAACAAAAGAGAAAUCUGUCCGAAAACGGCUAGCCCUGCUUAUCAACAAUGUGGAUUUUGACGAUAAGGCUAUGAAAAGGAGCGGUGCAGAAGAUGAAGAGAACAUGGAAAAGCUGUUAAAGGAGCUGGAUUAUCAAGUUGUCAAGAGUUCAAAUCUUUCAGCAAAGGACAUGGAUGAGGCCAUCAGGGACUUUGCUCAACGUGAGGAACACAAGUAUUCAGACAGUGCAUUUGUGGUUAUAAUGUCCCACGGCAAAAGGGACGCCAUUAUGGGUGUCCAUUACCAUAAGACAAACAACCCUUCUGAUUCCUUUCCGGUUGAUAAUGUCUACCGCCAUCUGAACUCAGAGAAUUGUCCAGCUCUGCGCAAUAAACCAAAGGUUAUUCUUAUCCAAGCCUGCAGGGGAGGUGAGCAUGGCCGUGUUUGGGCCAGUGAUGGUGAGCCUGAUGAGUCAAUGGAAAUAGAGGAUGAUGACUUUGUGCAUAAGGAGAAAGACUUCAUUUCUCUGAUGUCGUGCACCCCAGACACCAAAUCUUACCGGCAUGUUCAGAAUGGAACGUUUUACGUCCAAACCGUAGUGGAUGUGUUCAUGAAAUGUGCACAUGAGGAUCACAUCGAGGAACUGUUCAGGAAGGUUCUAAGACGUUUCGACACCCCAAAUAUGAUGGGAAACUACAAGCAAAUGGCAUGUAAAGACAGAGCAACGCUGCCGAAGUUGUUCUACCUGUUCCCCGGACUCUGAUAUCCAGGAGUCAAUUAUAAGUUCACAUCUGUGAAUUUUAGACAGCCGUGUGCAUUUGCUUCUUCAAUGAUUCCUGAAAAGACUUUACAGUAUGUCUAAAAAAUAGCUUUCAAAUGAAGGAAAAAAAUGAUAUAAACUGACUUAAAUUGUUUACUUGCAUUCCUCUGAACUAAAAACCUGUUCUGAUACAA